AUGGGGAAGAUGGCGGCUGCCGUCGGGUCCGUGGCCAUGCUGGCGACCGAACCCGGGGAAGACGCCUUCCGGAAACUCUUCCGCUUCUACCGGCAGAGCCUGCCCGGGAGCGCAGACCUGGGAGCGGUCAUCGACUUCUCGGCGGCGCACGCGGCCCGAGGCCCGGGGCCUGGGACUGAAGAGGUGAUCAGAUCUCAGCUCAGUGUGUCCUCAGUCAGUGAGCAUGAUGCCCAUAGAGCAGGACUUCAGCCUGUGAGCAAGUGGCGAGCCUAUGGACUUGAAGGCUACCCUGGGUUUAUUUUUAUCCCAAACCCAUUCCUCCCAGGAUACCAGUGGCACUGGGUGAAACAGUGCCUUAAGCUCUACUCCCAGAAACCCAAUGUAUGUAACCUGGACAAGCACAUGACUAAAGAAGAGACCCAAGAUUUGUGGGAACAGAGCAAAGAGUUCUUGAGGUAUAAAGAAGUGAAUAAACGAGGACCCCGAAGUCUACUAGAGAAACUGCGCUGGGUGACCCUGGGCUACCAUUAUAACUGGGAUAAUAAGAAAUACUCAGCAGAUCAUUAUACACCUUUCCCUUCUGACCUGGCUUUCCUCUCAGAGCAAGUAGCAGCUGCCUGUGGAUUUCAAGGUUUCCGAGCAGAAGCAGGUAUUCUGAAUUACUACCGCCUAGACUCCACCCUGGGGAUCCAUGUGGACAGAUCAGAACUAGAUCACUCCAAACCCUUGCUGUCAUUCAGCUUUGGACAGUCUGCCAUCUUUCUCCUGGGCGGCCUCAAAAGAGAUGAGGCCCCCACAGCCAUGUUUAUGCACAGUGGUGACAUCAUGGUAAUGUCGGGUUUCAGCCGCCUAUUGAACCAUGCUGUUCCUCGUGUCUUUCCACAUCCUGAUGGGGAAGGCUUACCUCCCUGCCUAGAGACCACUCUCCCCGCUGACCUCCCCAGAGAUUCACUGAUUGAGCCCUGUUCUACAGAGGACUGGCAGGUGUGUGCCGCCUACUUGAAAACUGCUCGUGUUAACAUGACUGUUCGACAGGUACUGGCCACAGACCAGGACUUUCCUUUAGAACCCAUGGAGGAGACAAAGAGAGACAUCACCGCUGAUGGUUCAUGCCAUCGGGAUGACCAGAGUGGUCCAUUAAAACGGGCGAGGCUAAAUCCUGACAGCUGAGACUUGGAGGUUCCAUUCUUUCACUCAGGCAGAACUCAUUGUUGAUCUCACUGCUGCCUUGGACUGCUUACAGUUUGCUCAGAGAAGUGUUUGACUAGGCCCAUUUCUGGUUAGAUAGAGGUAGGUAUGUGUGUUGGUCGUACCAAGGCCUUAUGUUAAUCCACAGAUUUCUCAGUCUCUGCCGUUACCUCUGAGGGAGGUAGAAGAGAGUGUACAUGUCUGUGCAGUGUGAAUACCUCCAAUUUUAUUAAUAGGAAAUCCAGUAAUCCUGUGGCCUCGACAGUUUGUGGUUCUGUAAACCAGCCAUUAGAAACUUCCUACCCUCUAGUCAUCAUCAAAUUCUUUGAGCUUUUCAUUCUUCUCUCUCACAGAGGAAUCUUCAAAUGUGGGUAGAAUGCUUGCCUAGCGUGCACAAAGCCCUGGGUUCGAUACCCAGCACCACAUGAACCCAGUGUGGUGGUGCUUGCCUGUUAUCCCAGCACUCCAGAGUAGAGGAUCAGAAGUUCAAGGUCAUCUUCAGCCACAUAACAAGAGGCAACCUGACCUACAUGAGAUCAUGUCUACACGAAAAAGUGUUUCCUAAGGAAAAAAACCACAGCCAUCACUUUUGCUGAAAUAUAUGUAAACCAGAGGAAAGAGGAACAAUAGUUUGUUUCUUUUAGGUUUGCAAACUCUCCCUGUUGGCUUUUUAAUAGAUUUUAAUUGUUGAACUAAAAGUCUAUAGGGUGUUCUGUUAACUGUUUUCUCCAUGAAUAAACUCUCAGUUUUAAAUUAAA